AUGUACAACUCCUUCAACCGCAUCCAGAAUGUCUUUGGCUUCUUCACCACAGUAGCCUGCGUCUUUGGCGCCUUCAUCGCCGCCACCGACCUCUUUUCCCCGCGCGCGCCGUCGGGCGUCAUCAGCCCAGAGAAUCUCCAAGUCGUCAAGGGUCGUCCGCACUACUACAGCACCAAGAAGGAAGAGUACGCCAUCAUCCGCUUCUCCCUCGACGCCGACCUCUCCAGCCUCUUCACCUGGAACACCAAGAACCUCUUCGUCUACGUCACCGCCGACUGGCCCGCCGCCGACGGCACCAACACCACCAACUCGGCCGUCAUCUGGGACAGCAUCAUCACCAACCCCAGCGCCGACCACCUCCUCAACAUUGGACCCGCCACGCUGAAGAAGCUGCGCAAGAGCUCCGCCGGAAAGUCCAUUGACCCGAACCGUGGCAAGCUCAAGCUCAAGAACCAAAAGCCAAAGUACCAAAUCACACACCCCUCGGGCAAGAUCGCCCACACGCAAGACGUCACCCUGAAGCUGCACUACAACGUACAGCCGUGGGUCGGCCUGCUUACCUGGAACAUGCCCCGCGACCUCUUCCUCUGGAAGACACUGGCGGGCGGCGAGAGCGAGAAGAUGGUUCUGCCGGCCCUCAAGGUCAAGGAUGCCAAGGAGACAAAGUCAAAAACCAAGUCCAAGUCCAAGACGAACAAGGCCAAGGCAUGA